UGGAUUUUUAACAAUUUUCUGUUCAAAACGAGAUUGGAGAAAGUUUGCAAAGCUUCUUCAUGUUCCAAGCUUUCAAAGAGUGGAAAUUGUAACUAAACGGCAAGGAAAAGAAUUUGAUUAAAAUUCAUUCAUGAAUAUUACUUCUUUAAAGAUUGUCACAACGUUGAGAGUUUGAGAGUGACAUGUGCAUGAAUAAAAAGACAUUUCAAGCAUGAAAACACCCUCACGUCAACUUAUGACAUAAUAAAAAAGCAUAAAAAGAACGAGAAAAGGAACGAAAUGUGAGAUUUAGUGGAGAAAUAUCUGCGAUAGUUUUGAAAGAAAAAAUAUUACCAUGACAAAGGAAAAAAUGUUCCACAAUUUCACAUCACAAAGAUGAGCGAGCAAAGUGAAAAAGAAAAAGAAAAUCAGAAGUGCUCGCGGCUUAGACUAAGCCUUUUAAAUCAGAAAUAAAAUCGCUUAAGAUUUCUGCUAAAACCUGAAAAAGUGAAACGAAAAAUGAAUUUUCUCACAAAAAUUCACAUUGGAUUAUUAUUGUAUGGAUUAUUCAUUGAAGCUGCUCGUAUUUUUGAUGAAGAAAACAUUCCUGUGAAAACAAUCGUAGCUGUGGCGGGGAAAAACUUAACAUUGCCUUGUCCUGGGGUAAAUGAACAGUCGUUAAUAGAUACGCUUACGUGGAAAACAACGGUAACAAUUGCCAAGUUCAUUAAUGGAAUGCCAAUGGUGCACAGCCAGAGAAUUAGCCUGUUAGCAGAUAAUUAUAGUUUAUUUUUCAACAAAACACAAUCGUCUGAUACUGGAGAGUAUAGUUGUAUAAUAAAUGACCGACAUAGUCCUGAAUCAAUAAUCGAUCUAUUGAUUCAAGACGUCCCAGCACCACCAGAGCGCCCAUUAAUCACGUAUUUUACAUCUCGUCAAGUUAAUUUAUCGUGGGCUCAUUUGCAAGACUCGAGGAACGCUCCCGUUUUAGAUUUUAUCAUCCAAAUAAGGGUUGGCGAGACGGGUGCUUGGGAUGAGUGGCCCGAAGUUCACACAAACAAUAGUAUAGCGUCUUAUGUUGUCACAAAACUCCUACCGUUCACUGUCUAUAGCUUUCGCAUCUUGGCUGUGAAUCGUCUUGGCGUGAGUCAACCAUCGAAAGAGUCUUACUACAUUUGUACUUUAAGAGAAGCGCCUGUUGGAAAGCCUAUCACGACUGUAGCUCAUAAUACAUCUUCAACCUCCGUUCGAAUAUCUUGGAAGCCGCCACCGGCAGAUACAAUUCAUGGUGAAUUUCUUGGCUACCGCAUAACUUAUCGCGCCCGAGACAAACAACCAGAAGACAUUAAGGAGAUUUAUAUAAGAGAUAGUAGUGUUGAGAGCCAUGAAAUAUCGAACCUUGAAACAUUCACACAGUACUUAGUGUCGUUGCAAGUUUUCAACCCCGAGGGACUCGGCCCAGCAUCCACUGUUUUGAUUAUGACUGAUGAGGGUGAUGACAGUUCCUUCAAAGCCACAAAAUGUUCGUGUGCUUGAUGUCACGUCGACAUCAAUAAAAAUAUCUUGGCAUGAACCGGAACGACCUAACGGUGUUAUUCAUGCAUAUCGUGUGUACUACAUGUUCCUGAACCAAACUUUGUUACAUUUACCGAUGCUGAAGAAUGAUGCGUCUAUCGGAUCGCCUUUCCACUACACACUAAUCAAUUUAAGUGAGUAAAACCUUAUACUGAAUACCGGAUAAUUGUCAUCGCAUUUACCCUCAAAUAUGAUGGUGAACCGUCUGAGCCCGUGAUACAACGAACUGACAUUGCCGGUCCCUCAGCACCACAAAUAAUUAAUUUGACCUGUCACUCACAGGAUGCCCUCUAUUUGCAAUGGAAACGUCCGACAACUUUUUAUAACUCAAUUGAUUUUUAUGUGAUAAACUACAAGGAAAGUUCAUACACAAAUUAUCAACAAAUACAACUCAACACUACAGCAUCGUUCGCUGAAACAGCGAUAAUUAUUCAAAAUCUAACAACAUACAGCGUCUAUACGGUGAAUGUACAAGCAGCAAGUCUAAGCGCCAUCAAUCCACGUCGAAUUUUGCUUGGAUUACAUUCAGCAUCACGAAAAAUCACAAUGCAGCCAAAUUGCGAAACAAUUCAACCGCUGUUAAGACAAUCAACUAGUGAAUAUGACAUUCCAAUAUUGGCCGCAAUUGUUGGCAGCUUUGGCUUUAUUUUUAUUGUGCUACUAAUCAUCUUGUGGAGAAAAUGUUGUCAUUCAUCAAGCUAUCGGGAACCAUCAACGCCACCGCAAACAAAUCAAGCUCAGACUGUCAUUAUAAACUGGGAAGCAAAUGGAGGUGAAAAGAUUGAAACAAUUCAUGCAAAUGGAGGCCUCAACGGAUAUAAUCAUUCGAAAAAUGUGUAGCAGAGCCAAUUUCUUUAAUUUAAAAGGUGUUUUGUGUGAGACGAGUGUAACAUUAUGUCAAUAAUGCAAGCGUUGCUUUAUUGUGGAAAGUUCUACAACAAUGCUAGAUAGACAGCAGUGACUUCAUGUAAAUAAUGUACAGGAAAAAACAAAAAGUAAGGCACAGAAACUCUUGAACGAAUAAGUGUAAAUAUGCUUUUCAUUUGGGUGUAAAAUGGGUAGCAUUUUAAGCACUAAAAAAAGAUGUGAAAGCGUUUUAAUGAUCCGUGAAACGUGUCUGAAGAUUAUCAUAAAUGAAAUGAGUGAAAAGCAGCAAAAACACUCGCGCACACAACAUGGAAAGCAUAACGAUUUGAUAACAUUUCCCGCCAAUUAGUGAGCUCAAUGAAUUUGUAAACAUAAUUACGACUGAGAUGGGAGUUGAAACACGAUGCCGAAGCAGUAAUUUGUUCUGUUUGUGUGAAUAUCCUUCAACAUGAAAGCCAUAAAAAGCUAUGAAGUGAACCUAUUGAGGAAUGUUUUUUCUAUUCCUUUCUUAGGCAUUGAUGUGCUUUAAGUGUUUAAUAUGGAAUGUAUUGAAUAUGUUUAUUCGCUGGGAUUAAAACAAUGGAUAUCGAUUGAGGGAGGGAAAAACAUAACAUUUCCCUCAACUCCCUACGUCUAUCAGUUUGUAAAAAUUUAACUCGCACACAUAUAAAUUUUAAUUAUGUGUAAUUAUAAACAAAUCAAAAUAUUCGAUGAGAAAUACAUUAAAUAAUUAAAAAAAAAAGUUUUUUAAUGUAAAGUUUCAAGGAUAAAGAGAAUGAGAUUUUGUAAAUAAAUAAAGUGUAAAAUAACUAUGAAUAGAUAAAUUAAACAUUCUAGUUUGAAUUU